UGGCGAAGCCCCCGGAGGGGCGGGGCGCGAAGGGAGCGCGCGGCAGGGCCUGGCCUCGCCUCAGCCGACCAUGGCGCCCGGCGGUGAUUUAAUGGGGGCGGCCGAAGACCUCGCCGAUCAGAUCUGGCGCCUGAAAAGACAUAGGGCACUGGACGGCUUCUUCCAUAAAGUUUUUGCGUGUGACGAAGCAUUACCUACCUCACCUGGCUCACCUGUGCCUCAUCAGUACCUUCUUGGAGGAUGGCAUCCGCAUGUGGUUUCAGUGGAAUGAUCAGCGGGACUACAUGAACCUGUCUUGGGGCAGCGGCUUCCUGGUGGCCACGCUCUUUGUGCUGAUCAACAUGUGUGGGCAGCUGGUGGGGUGUGUGCUUGUCCUUGCCAGGAAAUUUGUUCCCUAUGCAUGCUUCGGCCUCUUUGGAAUAAUCUUCAUGCAGACCAUUGCCUACAAAAUUUUAUGGGACCUCAAGUUCUUGAUGAGGAAUCUGGCCCUCGGGGGUGGGCUGCUCCUGCUGCUUGCGGAAUCCCGUUCCGAGGGGAAGUCCAUGUUUGCCGGAGUCCCGACCGUGGAUGGCAUCUCGCCACGACAGUACAUGCAGCUGGGGGGGCGCUUGCUCCUGGUCCUCAUGUUCAUGACGUUGCUUCACUUUGAACUCGGCGCCUUCACCAUCUUUCAGGACAUCUUUGGCAUGGUGCUCACCAUUUUGGUAGCCAUCGGCUUCAAGACCAAGCUGGCUGCUCUGACCCUUGUGGCCUGGCUGUUUGUCAUCAACAUGAUCCAGAACGCCUUCUGGGACAUUCCCCCCGCCGUCCCCCUCCACGACUUCCUGAAAUAUGACUUUUUCCAGACCAUGUCCGUCAUCGGCGGCCUGCUGCUCGUGGUGGCGCUGGGACCUGGGGGGGUUUCCAUGGACGAGCACAAGAAGAAAUGGUGAAGGCGGAUUGUGAAAGGGGCUGACUGGGAGAGUUGGGAGGGGAGGUGGUGGGUGACGGCUUUUACAAACCUGUGUAGAAUUUUUUUCCUCCCUCGCUGUAUGAUUUUGACGUUUAUCAUAGUUCACAGUUGCCUUAUGCGGGGGGGUGGGAUGGCCUUUGCCUUCUGUCCCCUCUCUCAGACAUGUAAAUUAAAGCCUAAUUAUAUUC